AUUUGUUCCAGUGCAAUUAAAUUGUGACGAAUCACUGACGUCAAAUGAAGGGGAGUGUUUUGUGAGAAAGUUCGUGCUUGUGGACGUAUGAGCUAUUCCCCUACAUAAUGGGAGGGUAGGAUAACUAGGACGGAGAAGCACCCAAGUCGGAGAAGCGUCCUUAUUUUGGGAAUGGCCGCAUAUAUUUUGUUGUGUUUAGUUAAGUGCUAGUGCUCACAGCUGAAAUGGGACUCGGGAUGACUCUCAUCACAUCACAUGUUCCAGUGACGUUCCUCUUGUUUUGCCUGGCGGUCGUCCGUGUGUAUUCACAAGGAUGCUCAACGUCAGAUGGUGGCCGCGGUCAGUGCGUCGCCAUCCGCGACUGCCCCGCUGUUUUGCAAAUCCUGCAGUCAGCGCAGUCUGGACGUGACCCAAGUGCUGCUUCGAAGCUCCGAGGAUUUCUAAGGUCCGGGUGUACCUUUGGAGGGGGAACUUUCUCAGUUUGCUGUGCCUCUUCCUCUGGAGUGAAUAGAAGGCCUCAGACGCCAACACCCCUGACUUCUCCUGCGCCUCAGACAUCGUCAUCAUCUUUGCUUCCAGAACGCUGUGGCGUAAGGGGUCUGGUCGACCGAGUUGUCAGUGGCGAAGACGCUCCCUUAUCAGCCUGGCCAUGGAUGGCGCUCCUCGAAGCCAUUGGUGAAAACGGUCGUCCGGCUCUCGUAUGCGGAGGCGUUCUCAUUUCCGAGCGCUAUGUUUUAACUGCCGCUCAUUGCGUCCAUCCCAGGACUGGAUUCACUUUGCAGAACGUCCGACUGGAGAACAUACUCUCUCCACAGACCCGGACUGUCGGGGCUUCUGCGCCGAUCCCGUGCAGAGGAUCGGAGUAGAGCAGACAGUGAUUCAUGAGGAUUAUGGGAUUCCCUUCGGAUGCAGGAACUGUAACGACAUUGCCCUGUUACGAUUAUCCCGGAAGGUAGAGUUGACAAAUGUUUACGUACACCCCGUGUGCCUGCCUCUGAAUCUGCAGAAUGACCUUGGAUUCUCACAAGAUCAAUUUGACCAAAGAGAAGGGUGGGUAGCCGGAUGGGGUACGACAG